UGUUUCUACAAAACCCUAAUAUAUAAGCCGCUUCGCCUUCUCAACUGCGGAAACCUAGCCUUCCAGAUAGCAGCUGUUCGUCUGGGUUGGAGUAGUGAUUAGGUAGAGGAUUCUGCAAUGGCUCCAAAAGCUGACAGCUCCAAGAAGGCCGAUCCUAAGGCUCAAGCCUUGAAAGCUGCGAAGGCAGUUAAAUCAGGUCCAACAUUUAAGAAAGCAAAGAAGAUCAGGACAUCUGUCACAUUUCACCGGCCGAAGACAUUGAAGAAGGAUAGAAAUCCCAAGUAUCCACGUAUUAGUGCUACUCCAAGGAACAAGUUGGACCAGUAUCAGAUUCUUAAAUAUCCUUUGACCACUGAGUCUGCAAUGAAGAAGAUCGAAGAUAACAAUACUUUGGUUUUCAUUGUGGACAUUCGUGCUGAUAAGAAGAAGAUCAAGGAUGCCGUGAAGAAGAUGUAUGACAUCCAGACCAAGAAAGUGAACACGUUGAUCAGGCCUGAUGGAACCAAGAAGGCGUAUGUUAGGCUGACUCCCGAUUACGAUGCUUUGGAUGUUGCAAACAAGAUUGGAAUUAUCUAAGAAGAUAUUAGCGUUUGUUUUUGUUUGAGAAAAUUUGAUUGAUUCUGCUUCUGCGAUGACAAUUUUGAUUUAUGGAAUGACCUCUAUUUUCUCUAGAGAAUUAUUAAGUUGUUUUUCACUUAGCUGCUGCAAUGCUGGUUGACUUCGUGCUUGGAUUUUUUAGUUUGGAUUUCUCUAGUCUUGGCCAUUUUA